ACGACUUAUUCCAAAUGUAUAACUGGUAUAAUCGAAUUUGUGUUGAAUAAACAGAAACAUUUCGUUUUUUCAUUCAAUAGUAACGAAAUGUUGGUUUUGAAGGCGAGCAUAUUCUUUGGCAUCGUGGUGAUUGCCACUGCUUAUCCACAGCCGAAACUACAUUCUGACGCAGGAUUGAAUGCAUUGGAAUUGAUUGAAAAAUAUGAAUAUCCAAUUGAACGCCAUAACGUUGUAACUGACGAUGGUUACAUUCUGGAGAUGCACCGAAUCCCUCAUGGUAGAACCAAUGCAGGCAUGCAAAACAAAGAGCCAGUAUUGGUUAUGCACGGUUUGCUCAGCAGUUCAGCAGAUUGGGUAAAUUUCGGUGAGAAAUCACUUGGAUUCAUUCUUGCUGAUUUAGGAUACGACGUUUGGCUUGGUAAUGCCAGAGGUUCGAGAUGGAGCAGGAAGCACGUCAGAUUAAGUCCAGACUACAACCAAAGUGAAUACUGGAGCUUCAGUUGGAACGAAAUUGGAAAAUACGAUUUGCCGGCAAAGAUAGAUUACAUCAUUAACAAUACCGGUCACAAGAAAAUAUUCUACAUUGGACACUCGCAAGGAACUACAUCAUUCUGGGUCAUGGGUUCCGAACGUCCAGAAUAUAAUGACAAAAUUAGAUUGAUGGCAGCUUUAGGUCCAGUUGCUUACAUGCAAAAUCUUCAUAACCCAACCGCGCAAGAAGCCUCCGAAAACAUAGAAACCAUUCAAAGUUUAAUUGAGGCUUUCGGAUUGCACGAAUUCCUACCGUAUUCUGAAAACACGACAAGCUUGGGUAUCGAGUUAUGCGACGACGGUUCUGAACUUCAAGAAGCAUGCCUUGAUGCCAUCUUCAUGAUCUGCGGUCCAGAUCCAGAUCAAUUGGAUCCGUCUUUGUUGCCUGUUAUUUGGACAAAUAUUCCAGCCGGAACAUCAAGCAAACAAUUCUUGCAUUACGCGCAAGGAAUCAAAUCAGGCAUUUUCCGACAAUUCGAUUAUUAUUCCGAUGAGAAAAAUAACGCAAUGUACGGACAACCGACACCACCAAACUACGAUUUGAGCAAAGUUAAAGCCCCUGUUGCGUUGUAUUAUGGUAAAAAUGAUUGGCUCGCUGCAGUUAAGGAUGUUGAACAAUUAAGUGAGGAGUUAGGAAACGUCGUUGUCGAUCAUUUAAUUGAGUACGAACACUUCAACCAUUUAGAUUUCCUUUGGGGAAGAGACGUUUACGAUAUGGUUUAUGAACAACUGCUUGACCUAAUGAAGAAAUAUUAGAUAAUCAAAUUUAACUUCAUAUUUAGAACAAAUGUACCUUUAAUUGCUUAUUUAUACUAAAUAAAAGAUAAGGUAUUUAAUCCUAUUAUAUUCCCAUA